AUGGCUGCUCGUGACGAAUUCGACAAUAUUCCAGACAGCGAGCUUCAUGAGACGUUUCUCGAGCGUAUCGAAGGUCUCGGAGAGAUGUUCCCUGAGAGUCUCAGAAAACUCACGUCAUCCAGCGUUUCGUGGACAUUCUGGGGAGCCCAGACAGCUUUCAAUCUGACUAGAAACACGGUUUGGGUUGUUUGCACGACUAGUCUGAUCGCAUUCCUUCCGUACAUCAUUGAAAAAGAGAGAAGUGAUCUCGAAAAGACGCAAGUAGCCGCACAACGACAAAUGCUUCUCGGUCCAUCGGCAGCAAUUCAACAAGCGAAGACCGCCUAA